UUACUGGGAGAUUACACUGAUGCAUGCGCCAGAGCACCGAGGUGGAGAACCAGAUGGCCUCGGUGGAGCGUAUCCUUGAAUACAACGGUGUGGACAGCGAGCCUCCUCUCGAAAGUGUUCCCGAUAAAAAGCCCAAGUCCGAUUGGCCACAAGAAGGUAAUAUCAAGUUCAAGAACGUGUUCCUGCGCUAUGCGCCUUAG